UGGACCGUGGAUGAGAAACACAAGUUUAAGUUCUACCUAAAAAUAAAAAUAAAUUAUAUCUGAUAAUAGAGACUCUGCUGAUAAUAAUGUUGAGCCAUUAUAUUCAAGGGGUCUAUUAUUCAAUCUCAACGAUAUAUAGGUAUCAUGUGAAACCAUGUUAGACAUAUACUCUAAGAAUGGGAGGAUGUGUAGGGACACGUAGCAGGAGUGGAGUGGAAGACUACUCGACUAGCUCAAUAUAUAGACCGAACACAGGUAAUAUAAGAAAAAAUCACCCUUUGUGCCAUGAAAUAAUUCGAUGGAAAUCUGAUGUACCAUUGACAGAAGGACAAUUGAGAAGUAAACGAGAUGAGUUUUGGGAUACUGCUCCAGCAUUCGAGGGUCAAAAAGAGAUUUGGGAUGCUCUAAAAGCAGCAACAGUUGCUGCAGAGGCUAAAGACUAUGAGUUAGCACAAGCAAUAUUAGAUGGUGCCUGCAUAUCAGUACCAAAUGGAUACUUAACAGAAUGUUAUGAUGAAUUAGGCUCUAGAUACCAAGUACCAAUAUAUUGUCUGUCACAUCCUCUUAAUAUUACAAAGGAGGAAAGUGGACGUGAUUCACCAGCUGAAUGUUCAGAACCUGUUGAUAGUGGCACAGAAAUGUCACUAAAAUUGAGAUUAUCACAUACAUGUAGUGAUAUCAAACUAGUAGUGUAUUCAAGUGACACAAUAAGUAAUUGUAAGAAGAAACUUCAGAGUCAGGAAGGUAUAGAUCCUUCCAAACAGCGAUGGUUCUAUGGCGGAAAACUACUAGGUGACAAACACCGUAUGGAGGAUGUCCAGAUUCCUACAGGAUAUAUAGUUCAAGUUGUGGUAAAUACUGAAAUUACUUCGGAUAAACCAGCGUGAUAAAUAAGUUAAAUUGUUUUUUUCAUGGAAUUGUGCACUGUCAGGGUGAGUUUGAAACGUUUUUGUAAAAUUAAUAAAAUAAAAUUUCUAUUUCAUGAGUUCAUUAGUUUAGAAUAAAUGAUAAAAUGAAAUGUUUUCAAAUUUGUUUAAUAAAAACAGAAAAAUU